AAACACGCAACACGUAACGUUAUCGUACUCCCAAAUACUGAUUCUUGUAUAGAAGGGGAAUCUCCCCUUUGCCCUCCAUCUCCUCCGCAACUUUAAUGGCUUCUUCUAUAAUCGCCCCCGGAACUGAGACACUGGCUCUCAUGAAACCAAGGCCUUCAAAUGGAGCCCUCUCCAUGAAAACCCAACUUCCCAAUCACCUAAAACUAGGGUUUUUCAAGUCGGAUUUGCAGGGAACACUCUUCCUCAAAGUGGGUUCAUUGAGUACUCAGAGAAUGCCUGUAAUUCAGAGUCCCAAGUGCAGUCUCUCUUCCUCUAGGCCAGUUUCACAACCAAGGUUUAUCCAGCAUAAGAAAGAGGCUUUCUGGUUCUAUAGAUUUCUUUCCAUCGUUUAUGACCAUGUAAUAAACCCUGGCCAUUGGACUGAGGAUAUGAGAGAUGAAGCUCUUGAACCAGCUGAUUUGAAUGAUAGGAGAAUGACAGUUGUUGAUGUUGGUGGUGGAACUGGUUUCACAACUUUAGGGAUUGUUAAGCAUGUUGAUGCUAAGAAUGUGACCAUAUUAGACCAGUCUCCACAUCAGUUGGCUAAGGCCAAGCAAAAAGAACCCCUCAAAGAUUGCAAGAUCAUAGAGGGUGAUGCUGAGGAUCUCCCAUUCCCAACUGACUAUGCGGAUCGAUACGUAUCGGCUGGAAGCAUUGAGUACUGGCCAGAUCCCCAAAGAGGCAUCAAGGAAGCAUAUAGAGUCUUAAAAUUAGGGGGCAAAGCCUGUCUCAUAGGUCCUGUACACCCAACAUACUGGUUAUCACGUUUCUUUGCUGACAUGUGGAUGCUCUUCCCAAAAGAGGAGGAGUACAUUGAGUGGUUUGAAAAGGCAGGCUUUAAAGAUGUCCAACUCAAAAGGAUUGGUCCAAAGUGGUACAGAGGUGUGCGUAGGUAUGGUUUGAUCAUGGGAUGCUCGGUAACUGGCGUGAAAAAAGCUUCAGGUGAUUCUCCCUUGCAGCUUGGUCCGAAGGUUGAAGAUGUUAACAAACCUGUCAAUUCAUUCGUGUUCAUAUAUCGGUUCAUCCUUGGGAACAUAUGUGCUGCGUACUUUGUGCUUGUCCCAAUUUACAUGUGGAUCAAAGAUAAGAUUGUUCCCCAAGGUCAGCCCAUUUGAGAGAGAGAGACGGCAUUUCAUGCCAAACUAUCUUGAGACUCUUUUUCAAGUUCUUGAUUUUUUAGCCUUCACGUGGUUUUGACUUUUAAGUAUUUUGUAGUUGUUUGUAUGAUUUUCUAAUAAUCAGAGUCCGCAAGUUAACACCUUUGGCAUAUGGCCAUAUGGUAUGCCUGUGUUCUUUUUUUGACCUUUGGCAUAUAGCCAUAUACUAUGCGUGUGUUCUUUUUUAGCU